CGUUUGCCAGGUGAACAACAUUGAGCGGCGCAAGCGAGCGAUUUCAAAGCGAUUCCGAGGCGAUUUCGAGGCGGUACGAAAUCGAAUUCAACCGAAGUGCGCGUCGGCCCUUCGUUGUUGUUGUUUUUUUUUUUCAGUUACACUCUGUUGUUUGAGAGUGCGAGUGUGAGCGAGAUAGCGAACGAGAGUGUGGGAGUGGUGCGACAAGGAAGGAGCACCAGCCUCCUUUGAAUAUUCAGUGCGCCAGGACGAGAGAAUCGAAACGAAUCGGAACGAAACGCAACGAAACGAAACGAGAGGAAACGAGACUUCGCAGGACCUUUUUUUGGGGGCAACUGGCGCGAGGACGUCGCUGCGGCGAACAGAAACACGCUGGCCGUUGACCGAGUGGCAACGCAGCCCGGAGAAUCGGCAUUGGAAUUGAAGAAUUCCCCUACUUUUUUCAGAAGAAUCAAGAGUAUCGUAUCGUAUCAUCGUAGUGCAUCGCAUCGCAUUGAAUCGAAUCGAAUCGGAUAGGCUGAAAGCAAAACUGAGAGACUAAGAAUUGGCAGCUGUUGCAUGCAGUUGCGGCAGACUCAGUGACGCCGCGAGUGACGUCGCCGCGUCUUGUUUUUGUUGUUUGUUUGUUUGGUGACCCCGACGCGAAACGAUCCUCGCGAGUGUGUGACCGGGACAGCAAUAUAUACAUAUAAUCCUCGGAGAAACAAUUGAAGAAAACAGUGCCAGAGAGAAAGAGUACGAGGUAUUUCGCAUUCGAGCCAAUGGUCAGAGCGACAGGGACAAGGAUGGGCCUGCUCCUGCCCGUUAUCCUGGCACUGGCCAUCGGAUCCUUGGCCGCCGGCAUAUCCUCCAAUGAUCCCUGCUACUUUGAGGGCAAGCCGCGCAAGUGUCUGCCCAGUUUCGUGAAUGCCGCCUAUGGAAAUCCCGUCCAGGCAUCCAGCGUUUGUGGCGCCCAACAGCCGGAGCGGUACUGCGAGCUGCUGCGCGAUGGUAAUGCCGGCGAGUGUCGUUCAUGCGAACAGCAGCGAUAUGGUCCGGCGGCAUUAACCGAUCUGAAUAAUCCCAGCAAUGUGACCUGCUGGCGAUCGGGUGCCGUGAAUGUGCCCCACGAUCCGGACAGUGCGCCGCCGGAUAAUGUGACCCUAACCUUGUCGCUGGGCAAGAAGUACGAGCUGACCUAUAUAUCGUUGUCCUUUUGUCCCCGCUCGCCGCGUCCCGAUUCGCUGGCCAUAUUCAAGAGCUCGGAUUUUGGGCAGACCUGGCAACCCUUCCAGUUCUAUAGCUCACAGUGUCAGAAGUUCUAUGGACGACCAGAUCGAGCAAAGAUCUCCAAGUUUAAUGAGCAGGAGGCAAGAUGCAUUAAUUCGCAACAUGAUACGGGCGGAGCUGCCCAGCGAUUUGCCUUCAAUACGCUAGAGGGUCGUCCGUCGGCGAAUGAUUUGGACUCGUCGCUGGUCCUGCAGGAUUGGGUGACAGCAACGGAUAUACGUGUGGUAUUCCAUCGCCUGGAAUUGCCACCGCAACUGCUGAAGGUGAAGAAUGCGAACGCCUUUAGCGAUGAAAUGGGCGGCAGUCGCGAGGAGGAUGAGGAUGAUGAUGCCGAUCUGGAAUUGGAUGGCGAGCAGGAUGAGUACGACUACAAUUUGCAGGACAACGAUAGUGCCGAUGCUGGUUACGACGAGUACGAGGAGCCCAAAAAGCAUUUGGAACUGGAUGACGAUCAUCUGCAUUUGGACUAUGCCAGCGAUGGUGAAUCGAUUGUUAAGCGGCAGGGCAAGCACAAGGGUAGCGCCUAUGAGAAACACUACCAGAGCAAACUGGCGGCCACCACGCCCCCACAACAGUCACCCAAGGUGACGUCACCUGGCAAGGCCACGCCCCCUAGCACAGCUGCCCCCUCCAUCGCGGCCGCCGCUGCCGCCGCCUCAGCCGUGACAUUGCCCAUUUCGCAGCAUUACGCCGUAUCGGAUUUCGCCGUCGGCGGACGUUGCAAGUGCAAUGGUCACGCCUCCGAGUGUGUGGCCACCGUCAGUUCGGGAUCGGGAACGGCACUUGCGGAUCAAGAUGAUGGACAGGACGAGGACACGCCCUCCGCCCCCUCGCUGGCCACCCACUUCGGCGGCCGGAGCACCCAGAUGAGCGCCAAACUGACCAUGACCUGCGCCUGCAAGCACAACACCGCCGGCCCGGAAUGCGAACGCUGCAAGCCCUUCUACUUCGACCGACCCUGGGGCAGGGCCACCGACAACGAUGCCAACGAGUGCAAAAUGUGCCAGUGCAACGGACACGCCCGUCGCUGCCGCUUCAAUCUGGAGCUGUACAAACUAUCUGGCCGGGUUUCGGGAGGUGUGUGCUACAACUGCCAGCACGAUACUACCGGAAGAUACUGCCACUACUGCCGCGAGGGAUAUUAUCGGGAUGCCACUAAGCCGCCAAAUCAUCGCAAAGUCUGCAAGCGUUGCGAUUGCCAUCCAGUUGGUUCGACGGGCAAGACGUGCAAUCACCUGAGUGGCCAGUGUCCCUGCAAGGAGGGCGUCACCGGACUAACGUGCAACCGAUGUGCCCGCGGCUAUCAGCAGACCCGCUCCCACGUGGCACCCUGCAUCAAGGUGCCCACCAAUGCGAACAUGAUUCAGGCCGAGAGCGCUGGCGGCGGUGGAGGUGGUGGCACUGGUGACUACAAGGAUGGUGGUGGCUCGCAGGUCGAGGAGAUGAAGAAGUACUGCGGCAAGUGCAAGGCGAGUCCCAAGAAGCUCAAUCUCAACAAGUUUUGCAUGGAAGAUUAUGCAAUUUUGGCGAAGGUGAUUGGCCACGAUCGCGCCUCCCAGGACAUCAGCACGGAAAAGUUCUCGAUAGAGCGACAGAACGAGAUCUACAAGUACGAGAUCAACAUCCAGACGAUCUUCAAGCGGAAUCCCAUGUCGGGCACAACGAGUUCCCUGCUCGGAAGGGGCAAUAUGAUGCUGCUGGUGCCGCGCAAGAGCAUCGAGUGCCAGUGUCCAAAAAUAAAGCUAAACAAAUCAUAUCUCAUACUUGGACGUGACUCGGAGGCGGCGCCCGGUUACUUGGCCAUUGGACCGAGCUCGGUGGUCCUUGAAUGGAAGGACGAGUGGUCGCUACGCAUGAAGCGGUUCCAGCGGCGGGCACGCAAAUGCAGUUGAAUCGAACCGGAAACGGAAUAUGUCAGAGCGGAUUUCAAUUUCACACACUUGGCUAGGUAUCGGUUUUUGUAUAAAUUGUACAGUUUACUCAAGUUUCUCACCUUCUUCGGCAUCAUGCUAUAAAUUAAUCAGCAUCGGCAUCGACUUCCUCAACCGGAAGUAGCCAGUAACCACCAAACCCCCCCUCCCCCCUCCCCAGCCAAUAGCCCGUCUAUAUAAUCUCAAUUCCUAUCCAGAUAAUCUCCUUUCGGGGCGAUCUCGGUAUCGGUCUCUAGUCUAUAAAACGCUUUUACACAACAUCAUCAGCAAACAAACAAGCCAUCCCCCCAACAAUCGGAAAACAAGCGAAAACACACAACGUACAUCGUAUUAUCCCCGCCCUUUUAUGACCAAACACCAAAUGCUAAUUACAGUUACGUGCCAAUGGGCGUAUGGGCGUGUGGGCGUGUGGGCGUGUCCAUAACGGUUAUGCAUGUGCUGGCCAUAAAAAACAGUUAUAAAUUGAAAAUAAGUGCGAAAAAGAGCGGUAACAUCGCGUGUCGCGCGAUUCUAGACAAGCAAACAAACUGCAUUUUGGGUGGCAAAUGAAUGGGCAAUGCAACCGAAUGGGGUGAUGAUGGACAAACAGGUCGCGUCGACACAUAAGUGCAGUCAUAAACCAUCAACACGGCUCUCGAGCAUCUGGCAAAAAGCGUCAACACACUUGCCAAUACUGGGUGAACUUGGCCAAAACAUGUGACAUUUAUUCAAAUCAAAUGCAAUGCGUCAAAAUAACACUUUCAUUCUUUUAAAUCACCCGAAACUUACUAAAGUCUACAAAGUUCCUGUAUGUGCAAUUAAUAAAUGGAGCAGCCUUUCUGAAUUCAUAAAUUACUACAUUUUUAGAUUGUAUUAUAAAGCUAACGUAACUUCUCUGUAGGCAUUCAUUUACCUUUAAAAUCCAUAAAAACUUAGGGCCGAUUGAUAAGCAUGUGGUAAUACAAAAUGAAACCUUUAACUUGAAUCCAAUGAUUUUAUUUAACUCAAAACACAAGACAAAAAUUAGUAAUUAAUGCCCAUCUGUUUCAACGCCAUUAAUAAUGAGUAUCAAAAAUUAGGCAUCAUUGUCUAAGCUUUCAAUGUCGAUAUUUUCAAAGGCUAUUAAUUAAAUAUCUUUUAACUCUUAUGUUUUAAAUGCCUAUCAUAAUACUUUGCUAUACCAUGCAACCAAAAGUGAAUUUAAUUUUCACAAGUGCCAAAUUUCUAUUUAAAUAUUUACCAUUUGUUUACUAGUCUAGCAGUUUUCAUGUGCACAUAUUUAUUUUACUCUAGCAACGGAUAUUUGUGUUUUGUCCAUAUGUCUGUUUCUUUGAGAUAUAUUUGCACAACUUAUGCAAAACUAUGGCAAUUGAAAAAAAUGCAGUAUUUUCCUCUUCCAAUUUAUAACAAAUAUUUGUGGACUAAAGCUGCAAGGGUAUUUAAAUUCAGGUUUCGAGUUUCAAUUGGUAUCAUUUCUGAAUUUCUGAAUGUCUGCAUUUCUGGUUUUCCUGCAUUUUAUGCGGAGCAGAAAAACGCCUCUCAAGAAUUUAUGCAAACAGUUUUGGCCGAUAAUUAUGCACAUGUUUAUUGACAAUCUGCUAGUUGAUUUUUCACGCGCUUUUGCAUACCAAUUUGUUUGAUGGAUGCAUCAAUAAAAAAAUCAAGGCAGCGAACAGCGGCAAAACACGCAUUUAAAAUGCAUUUUAUUUGAAUUUAAUUUUCAAUUUGAAUUAUGCAUGCAAAUUGUGAGCGCAUCAAUUCCGGCUCGUUCGCUUCCAAAUACAUUUGUAUAUUGUAUAUGCAUCUACGUAAACUCGUAUGUGUUUGAAACUAAACGAAACGAAGGCGUUAAGAGUGAGAUUGGAGGUGUUAAGGGUUCGGGUUGAGGUAUCGGUUGUAACUUGUUUUUGGAGCAUGUGUAGGCCACGCUUGAACACUUGAAACUCAUCCCGGCAGCCUCACGGUACAGUGAACACAGCCCAUGACGGAAAUACAAAUCUAAAUCGAUUUUAAGUUCGCUUCUUCUAACCUCACUCGAUUUACACUUCUCUUUUCAACGAACUUUCUCUAGAAUGGAAUGGAAAAAGUUAUGGUCAUGUACUGGGUGCCCACUGUACCACUCGAUAAGUAUCACAGGCAAAAAGCAACAAAGAGACACCCAACAUGACGCACAUAACAUAAAUUGAACAGCAGAAGCAAACAGAAAUAUUCACAACAAUUUAAAACCUGAAAAUUCUUUUGAAAUUAUUGCAAAUUAAUGUAGUCUCCGUACAAAUCAAUAUCAAUAUAAUGUGAAAUGUAAGGCAAAUGUAAAAUAUAUUUAUUUGAUUAACAAAUAUGGAAAAACGCUAAAUUUCUGUCCGUGUACAGAACAAAUGAACUUCGUGGGCUGAAUCGAGUGAUAUGCAUGCCCCUCCAAUUGCAGUUACAUUUUUUUUUGAUGUUGCUGCGGAUUAAACAUGUUUCGAGCUCAAAAAUGUAACAUGAUAUAUGACAGUCAAGUGUCGAACUUGAUAAAUGUUUUAAUGAAUUUAUUUUCGUGUUUAUAUGCUGCCAGCCAUCCAUGAAUCGAGAUCUUUAGCUGACUUUGGCUGGCACGACACCUACUCUCUGGCUCUUUUGUGGCCGUCCAAUUUCAAUGUAUUUCUCCCCAUCCACAUAUAUGUAUAUAUAUAUAUAUAUGUCCACACAGAGCCAUUCACAUAUUAUUCAGGUCCGACCGUGACCAUGAUGUAUGAUAAAUCAAAAUGGGGGCAACAUAUGCAGGGACAGUCCAGAGUUGGACAGUUAACAUGCUGCGGCAUUUAAGCCGAGAUUUGUGUUCGCAUUCACUCUCCGCCCAGGGACGCAUAAUUAGCUCUGCUUCUGGCAUCUGGAUGUUGAUCUGGAUUGGGACUCGUAUCUGUUUCUGUUUCUCUUGCUGUUUCUGUUUCCCUUGCUGUUACUGUUGCUGUUACUGUUUCCCGCUGGCCAACGUGGCGUAUGAGUCAUGGACACACACGUGUGUGCCCACCGCACACGGAUAAUAAUUUUGGAGAGCAUGUCCUGGGGCAAAAUAAAUGCAGAAUUGUCAACUGUCAACUGUAUACGUUUAAACUCAUUUUUAUGCAGAUGCUACCGUGAAAAAUGUGAAUGCUAACAAUUCAAAGGUAUUGGACAUGCAAAGUGUUUUCAUUUCAGUUAUAUUAUUGUCUGCAAUAAACUUAGAAUUGCCAAACUCCUAUGCCCCGAAAAAUUUCAAUAUGAAUUCAAUUAAAAUAUUUCAAAACUGAGCCUUAAAUGAUGAUAAUAACAGUAUUUCGGGGGGUUACAGGUUCAGUUUACAUUUCUCGCAAUUUUGAAUCUUGGUAGGAUAGAACUGAAGCCAUUAUUUGGAUCAACCCCUUUCACCUGCAACUUCCAAAAAUAACAUUAAAUACAUGCUAAAAAAAAAAGAAGAGGGAAAUGAUUCGGCAAAAAACAAAAAAGUGGGAAAAUGAAAUGAGAAAUUCAAUUGUGGCCUCGGUCUGGUCUCGUCGACUGCGGCCGGCUUCAUGCCUUCAUGCAUAUUUAAAUGAGAUUUUGCGUUAACUGAAUUUUUCACCGGCAUUCUCCAGAUGGAAAUGGUUGGGGGGGCGUGGCCAGUCGGAUGCGUGGGCGUGUGGCCCUCAAAAAAAAAACAUAUUAAUUUAUAUAAUGUACGAGUACGCACAGAGAUACGAGUAUAAAACAUUUAUAUAGAUUUAAAUAAAUUGGGUUCUUCUCGCGUGCUUUUUAUUUGUAUUUUUAUUUUUGCCAUUUUUGUCGUUCAUUUAACUCAGAAUGGGGCGGGCGGAGGCGUGGCAGCAGGCGUGUUGUCGCAUAUGUAUUUUAAAUAGGAUGCAGGCCCAUUAGCAUAUAAAUUGACACAGCGACAGUUGAGUGGAUGAACAAAAAAAUAAAAAUAAAACUCUUAACCGAGAGGCUUGACGAUGAAAAGGGGUAUGGUGGCUCGUAACUGUUAACUAGCAUUUGGUCAAGAAAAUACAACAAAAGCAGAAAAAUAAAUAAAUAAAUAAAAUUACACAACAUUUAUUGAAAUGCCCACCAAACAUCAACGACAAAAACACUAUUCGUACCACAAGAACAACAGCCCCAAGCUGACAAAUUGACUUCCGUUUCCGCUAAUUGAAAAACAAAAUGAAAUUUACUUCGAAAGAAUGAAUGAAAAGUACUUAAUGAGAGAGAGAUGCAAACAUAACCAAAUUAGUCAUUAGUUGAUAUGUCAAGCCGUUUAUUUAUUUACACACCUUUUUUUCCUAAUCUUAAUUAUAAAUUAAUACGCCUAAACGCAAUAUAUUUAAAAACAAAAGCGAAAAUCGAACAUGAGGAGGGUAAGAAGCAAGAGAGCUAAAAUGUAUUUAUAUGUUAUAUGGAACCCGAACUGGAAAGUUUGAACGAUCCAAUGGACUUACUUGUAGAUCACUUCCCUUUUGGUUUGCGAAUGCAUUAAGCAUGGCCUACUAAUCACAUAUCCUUCGACCACACACAAAUAAACACAAUUAAUUAUUGAAUAAUGUUUUUUUUUUAUUGGUCAGACUAAUAUGAAUAUCAAGCGUGUGUGUCCAAAACGAAUUAUUCAUAUGGUAAGCUAAAACAAAACAAAAAAAACAAACAAACAAACCCAUACAUACAUAUAAAAUAUAAAUAUAAUCAAAAAAGAAACGCAAACAUUUUUUUUCUUAGAUUUUUUGUAAAUACUCAAAAAACGUAAGGAUUGAAGAAGAAGAAACGCUGAGGCAAAUAGAACUAUAUAUAUAUAGAUAUAUAUAUUGAUAAAUUGAUUACAUUUUCGAUUAUUGCUAAUUAUUAUGUUGAAUCAUUAAUUGCACACACACACACUUACACACACCCACAAACAAGAAAAGGCAGCAGAAGAAAGCAAGAGAAAUUCACAUUGUCUGAUAUUAAAGUAUUGUAGUUGGUACUUAUAUAAUAUAUAUAUAUAUAGAUAUAUAUAUAUAUAUAUAUAUAUAAAUAAAUAUAAAAAUAUGAUUAAUCAUAAUACAUAAAGUAUGCAAUUUUUGUGGCAAAGAAAAAAAUUUAUCAAAGACAAGCAGAUGGAGGAAAUCCAAGUUAUAUAUAUAUCAUUUAUGUGUACUUGAAAAAGUAAAAAACCCGAAAACAAAGCAAAAAGAGCAUGAAAGUUUAAUCGAAUUAAGUGGACAGAUUGCUAAUAAUAAUAAUAAAACUAUAACGAAAUCAAAACUAA